AUGGCGAUGGGAAUCCGCGUAGGCACUCUGUUGCUCAUGGCAGCGUGCUCCCUUGCCACCGCGCCGCCGCCGCUGCCUGGGGGGCGCAACUCCCGCCCGGGCCCGCUCGCGCCGGCAGCGCGCACGCGCCCGCAUACGCCGCCCGGCCCAAGGCCAGCGGAGCCCCUCCAGCCCCGCGCCGGCGCCAGGCGCCUGGCGCAGGAGACAACGCUGGGCAUCGCGUUCAAGGGCGCGCCGCAGGGCGUGGCGCGCCAGAAGAACGUGGCAGACCUGGGGGCGGCUGCCCUCCAAGGGACCAUUCAACCCCAGGACGGCGUGACGUCUCUGACGCUCACAGAUUUUGCAAACGCGCGCACCUUCUUCCCCGGGCUGCUCCUGCUUGAAACCACCUUUGGCGCCAACGAUCGGUAUGGCGGCGUCACCAAGUCAUCGUCGGACCUCAGGUCCCGUACAGACCAGUCCGGCGGGUCCACCCAGUCCACCGUGGACAGCCGCAGCAUCUCGCAGCCCGGCCUGGGCCGCACCUCCGCCGCCGCGGGCCUGGGGGCGGCGACCCUGAGCCAGAAGCUUCUGGACCCGGGGCAGCGGCCGGCCAACAACUCGGCCGCGCCCGGGCCCGUCAACGCGGUGGUUCUGGCUUCGCAGCUGGCAACAGGGGUGGCCGGCGACUACAGCUUAGUCACUCCUGACUACCAGGACACGGGCACCCGUGACUACGAUUAUGGCCAAGACCGGCCGAUCCCCUCCACGGCCAUGGUGGACGCGCGCACAGGCACCGACGUCAAGGAUGCUGACGGCACGCAUAGGGCAGCUUCUUUUGGCAAGACCAAGGCAGAGGCCACCGCCCCAGCCGCCGCCACGCGCACCAACAACAUUGCAUCGAAUUACUUGGUGGGCUGA